AUGGCAAUCAGUUCAUUACUAUCGGCAGUGUCAAGAAGGCUUGAGGGAAAGGUGGCUUUGAUAACCGGAGGUGCAAGCGGAAUUGGAGAAUGCACUGCAAAAGUGUUUGCCCAUCAUGGAGCCAAACUAGUCAUAGCAGACAUCCAAGACGAUCUCGGCCAUUCGGUCUGCGAAUCCCUAGGUCAAACAAACUCCAAAUAUGUCCAUUGCAAUGUCACGGAUGAAUCCCAUGUGGAAAACGCCGUGGAUGAAGCUGUUAAGACCUAUGGAAGGUUAGACAUAAUGUUCAACAACGCAGGCAUAGCGGACGAGAACAAGGCGCGGAUCAUCGACAGCGAGAAGGCUGAUUUCGAGCGCGUGAUGAGUGUGAACGUGACUGGAGUCUUCCUUGGCAUUAAGCACGCCGCGCAGGCAAUGAUCCCUUCAAGAAGUGGAAGCAUUAUCUCAACGGCAAGCAUAAGUUCUUAUGUUGGGGGCGCUGCCUCGCACGCGUACUGCUGCUCGAAGCACGCGGUGAUAGGCCUAACGAAAAACGCGGCUGUUGAGUUGGGGCAAUUUGGAAUCAGAGUGAACAGCUUGUCGCCGUACGCGCUGGCAACGCCUUUGGCGACGAAAUUCGUUGGGCUUGAUGAUGAGGGGCUUGAGAAUUUGAUGAAUUCUUUGGGCAAUCUAAAGCAUGUGACGCUUAAGGCAGAGGAUGUGGCAAAUGCAGCUUUGUAUUUGGCUAGUGACGAGGGUAGGUACAUAAGCGGGCAUAACCUUCUCAUAGAUGGUGGUUUUAGCAUUGUCAAUCCUUCAUUCAACAUGUUUCAGUACCCAAAGGAUUGA